GGGCUUGGGUUCCGGCUAGCCCAAAUGGAGUGACAUUUUAUCUACCGUUCUCUCUCACUCCGACUCUCAGAAACCCUAGUUUUCGCCUCCUUCUCUGCGAGCGAGUCUCCACUCUUCUCUGCUCGUGCCUCUCUCUAUCUCCGAUCCGAUUCCAUGGCUCCAAAGAAGGAUAAGGCUCCUCCACCUUCCUCUAAGCCCGCCAAGUCCGGCGGUGGCAAGCAGAAGAAGAAGAAGUGGAGCAAGGGAAAGCAAAAGGAGAAGGUUAACAACAUGGUGCUCUUUGACCAGGGGACUUAUGACAAGCUCCUCUCCGAGGCACCCAAAUUCAAGCUCAUCACGCCUUCCAUUCUCUCUGAUCGUUUGAGGGUCAAUGGAUCACUUGCAAGGAAGGCUAUCAGAGAGUUGAUGGCUAGAGGUUCAAUCAGGAUGGUUUCUUCCCAUGCAAGUCAGCAAAUUUACACUAGAGCUACAAAUACCUAGAUGUAGUCCUGGUUAUAAUUUGUGUAGUAUUGGCAAAGACCGUUGAAGUAAUUUUCUUUAUCAGUUUGAGAUGCACAUCAUGCAAGGUUGCUUUAGUUUGAAAGAUGCUAAAUCCAUGGUUUAUUUCUUUUUGUAUCCUUGGUAAUAUUUUUGACACAGCUUCUAUAUCAUAUCAUUUGGGUAUUUUAUUAUCAA